AUGCUAGAACCUAUGCUAUCCCUGUCCCUGUCUAUCGGAGCAUCAGAUCCAAGCUUGCACAAACGGCACACCUUGGAGUCCUUUCCGGAUGCCCAAAUUCAGAGUCAACUUACUAGCCAUGGAGGUGGCAGAAUUCAACAAAGCUUAGAUACAUGCAUUUCUAGCUUUACUAAGCCGACCUCCAACGACCCUCCCUCAAAUUCCCCACUCGUCGACGGAUCCACUCUUGACCACCCGUGCUCUUUCAAUACGUCCUUGCCAGAUGUAGGUGUUGACCUAGAUUUCGCUCCUGUUGAACGCGAAGCUGGGAGAACAGCAGGUAUGGUCUCUUUGAGUACAUUGUUCGAUGAUGAAGAUAAUAAUGAUGAUGAUGUUGGUCAUAACGAUGACAGAGCUGGUGACAAGGAUAGACGAAGAAUUUAUAUGCCUGAACUUGGUGCUUGUUGUCUAGCGCGAUCAUAUCUAAGGUCCCGAAGUGCCCGAGUAAGUCGGCAGACUGAAUGGCCUUUGGGACAGAAGGCGGCCCACGAGUGGAGCUUUUUUCCGGUUUUGUUCGUUGACCAACCGAAUGCAACAGCUCUUGGAGCUUCCGGAUGCCAAAUAAAUUCCAGACGACCUACCAGAAUUAAUUUUUCCGGUUGCCGACGCCAUCCGGAAGCCCUAUACUCCUCAGUCUGGAUGCUGCGUGCUGUAUCUGUUGGUGCCCUAAAACUGGCUUGUGGUGAAGAAGAGAGCAAUCAAAUGUGCAAAUCACGGGCAAAUGGAGAUUUAAGGAGUGAGAUAUACUGUGACAUGCAAAAGCGAAAAGACUGCAAUCUAACCUCAUGGGGUGCUGCUAUGUGGUCCGGUGGGCCUCAUUCUCAGCUAUCUUGUUACUCUCGCCAGUCUCACUUGUAUCGACCUUCAGAUAAUAAAGUCAAAUCUCAUGAAAUAUUUGCCACAGGAAUUCGAAAGACUCGAAAAAAAGCGUCCGUAAAAUCCACCCUGCCUGUUGACUCCGAAUGGUCGAGCUCCUGGCCUGUUAACUGGGAAACUACUGUCGCUUCCUUGGGAAAUGGAGGUGAAGGUUUAGUUGUUGGUCGAAAAAUGAGUCUCGGUGACACUCUAGAGCUGAAAGAAAAUGUGUUUAGAGAGAAAACGGUUGUUAAGGAUGGUAAAUCUCCUUCAGCUCAAUAUCCGCAACAUCGACAAGAAGUUGAUAAUAAAAAACAGCAGACAGAUAAUUUGAGAAUAAAGCAGCGAAAGUCUCGUGGUCUGUUAACCCAGCCUUUAGAGAUAGCCACUCGUUUUGUUCGCAAAUUUUUAAUGCCGAAAAGCAAAAAGGGUAGUGCAAAACGUUCAGAGCUCAACAUUUCGACUUAUGUUGAAUCGGGAUCGCUUUGUCCUGUCGUUAUAUCCGAGGUUAGUCAUUUACACCUACUAUUUUGA